GCUCUCACGGAUAACGGAGACAUUACCACAGUUCCUUUGGGCUCUCUCCGUUUCUUCUGCUGUCCGGCUCUAGGGCGGACAAACCAGUCGCACCGAGAGCACCGGACUGUCAUCGUGGAAUCCCUUUUUUGGCGACUGUCUGUGUUUUGAACUUUUCUUGCUCCGUGCAAACUCGUGACGCCGUCUCCUUCCUCUGUCCCGAGACCGAGAGAAAUGGCAGAGAAGCGGCGGUCCCCGUGCGCGCUCAGUGUCAAGGCGCAUGCAUUCUCGGUAGAGGCGCUGAUCGGAGCCGAAAAGAGACGCAGGACGGCCCGAGAGGAUGCCGUGUCCCCCGGCUACGAGGACGGAACUGACGCUUCUGAUCUAACCGGGAGCCCGGGGCCGCGGGCAGACAGAGCGUCCACCAGCGACCGGGGCAGUGAGGCAGAAUGUGCAAGUGACGGAUCCCCAGAGAGCGAGGACGCACUGCUGGAGAGCCCGCAGCCCGCAGCUCUGUGCACGGCGCCGGUAACCGGCUCCGGAGAAGAGACCCGCGUGGACCUGCAGGGAUCAGACCUGUGGAAACGGUUCCACGAGAUUGGCACGGAAAUGAUCAUAACCAAGGCUGGACGGCGGAUGUUCCCCGCAAUGCGUGUCAAGAUUUCGGGCUUGGACCCACAUCAGCAGUAUUACAUUGCCAUGGAUAUAAUCCCCGUGGACAACAAACGAUAUAGAUACGUGUACCACAGUUCCAAGUGGAUGGUAGCAGGGAAUGCGGACUCCCCUGUGCCGCCCAGAGUGUACAUCCACCCGGACUCCCCGGCCUCAGGAGAGACGUGGAUGCGUCAGGUGGUCAGCUUUGACAAACUUAAACUGACCAACAACGAAUUGGAUGACCAGGGACAUAUCAUUCUGCACUCCAUGCACAAGUACCAGCCACGGGUCCAUGUAAUCCGUAAGGAGUGUGGAGAGGAGUUAUCCCCAGUGAGAGCCAUCCCUGCUGGGGAAGGCACCCGCACCUUCUCCUUCCCUGAGACUGUGUUCACCACCGUCACAGCAUAUCAGAAUCAACAGAUUACAAGGCUGAAAAUUGACAGAAACCCAUUUGCCAAAGGCUUCAGAGACUCUGGCAGAAACCGGAUGGGUCUGGAGGCUUUGGUGGAGUCUUAUGCAUUCUGGCGUCCAUCUCUGCGAUCACUCACAUUUGAGGACAUCCCUGGCAUGGCCAAGCAAGGUAUACCAGGAGCUCAUGGAGGGGUCGGACCAUCACCUCACCUGCUCUCCACAUCCCCGUGCUCCUCACCUUUCCAGGUUUGCCCUCUCAGCCCACCUGACUACACCUGCAGCCGACCCACACACCCUCUCCAUCGUUAUAGCACACCGCCGGAGCCGUUCCCUCCUCCUAGAGGUCCAUCGGCGUAUGAAAGCGAAGGAUUCUGUUCCCUGCCUCUCCCAGCUUCUCAACUUGGCUAUCUAUCCAACCCCACCCCUCAGGGUUACGCUGGGCUUCGCCUCCACACACCGCCCUACAGCCUGUACGGUUACACAUUCCCUCCCUCACCACGCCUCGCUGCCAGCCCUGAUAAAAUGGCCGCCGCUGUCACUGCCAAUCAUCAGAGUCCCUUCCUUGGCUCGUCUCCCAGCGGGACUCUAACGGACAGUCUGGGUGUGCUCAGUGGGGGACAGCAGGGCUUCUUGUUUGACUCUCGGACUUUAGGACUGGCAGGUAGCCAGCCGGGUGGUGGGGCCUCGCAGGUCACUGCCCACAUGGGCUGAAUUUGACUCAUGAAAACAAAAUGGCACCCUGGGAUGGGUGUAAGUUCCUUUUGGUUCAGAACAUUCUACGAAUUAAUCAUCCAUAUGCUGAACAAGCAUCAGGCUGAAUUGUGGACAAACGCAGAGGAGUGUCAGAUCAAGUUUCUGUGAGCAUGAAGAGCUUAUCAGAGUUUCUGUAACUAAAGGGAAUAUUUUACCAGGUUCUUAUCUUUCAAGUAUGUUCUCUAGGACAUGCAUGUGCAGCUGCACUGGUCACUAAAGGGAGAAACUCCUUGCUGCUUUGGAUAAGGAGUCCAAACGAUGAAACCCAGUGACUGAACCGGAACUGAAUAUGGAUUGGGCAGAAACUGGGCUGGCCCAGACACUCAAAGCAGGCACUUCAACCCCUGGCAGGAGGCCCUGAAGUCUAUUAUACUCACACAGCAUUCUACAUUGCCUCCUUGAUCUGGCCUACUUUGGAUGGAGCUACUGAACACCACUUUUAAACUUGUUUUUAUGGGAUAUAUCGACUAAAACCCUUAUAUCAAUUAAAUUCUUUGUCAUUACAUGCCUGACAGUGUUUUGCAAUCAAGUCUUUGGAAUGACAAACAUGAAGCUAAAGUCCAUCUAGUAAUAUGCACUACAGACAGGGCCUUUUCACUGCUCUUUUCACACAAACCUUUACACAUCACACCAGGAGCCUGUUGCAUAUUCACAUGAUGACAUCAUGACCAUGAUAAGACCCAUGAGACAUAUCCCAGUGAUAGUUUUGGACUCACAAGUUUAAAGCUGUUGGAGAAUGAUGGAUGAUGGACUGAUCUACAUAUUCUACAUCUGGUUUGACCAACGUUUGCUUGGUGCCACUGUUUGGACAUCAUGGUGAAGUACAUCUUUCCUUUGGUGACACAGACUUAACUGCGCAUGAUGUCUCUGUAUAUAGCGGGGAGAAGGCGGACGGGAGGAGAGAUGUGUAUAUAAAGGGCUGUGUGACCCUUCGCACUUAAAACCCCAAUGCACCUGCUUCUGCUCAUUAGACUGGGUCAGGUAACAGCCAACCCUGAACUUGACCGAAAAGCUUUUCUUUGCAAACAUGCGCUAUUUCAGCACGCCCUUUGGCCAAGGACAUUAACAUGUUUUGUGACCUUUUUGAGCCAAAUAAAAUAUAUCUGUUCAUGUCA